UUUCAACUCAUGCCUAUCUUUUCCUCUGGGGUAUCAGUGUACGCUGUUGGACUGUGGGCUUCUACAUUGUGCAUGCUUCCUUCAAACUAGAAACACACGCGUUUCAUCCAGAUGAAUGGACGAGUUGGACCUGGCUGAUAAUCCCAAGCACUCUUUGCACACCUUUACAUAAAUCCUUGCCAAGUGAGCUACACAAAGUGUCGAGCCUAUUCGAAUCAAAAUCAAAAUGUCAGCAAUGACUGAAGAGGACCCAUGGGUAUUAAAUGCCACCUUGAGCAAUUCGGACACGGUCCCCGACACUCAGGGCCUGGUGGCUCAGAUGAAUGCUGUCAUCAUGGAGCUGAAAAGCAACUUCAUUUCCGAGUCCGGUGUGAAUUACGCCGCCAUGGCCAAGGAUCCUGCUUUUCAGACCUAUCUGAACUUGGCACGACAAUUGAGUCGCAUUGCAGUCGAAAAACUGCCGGAACACGAACGAAAAGCUUUCUUCAUCAACCUGUACAAUUGUAUGACCAUUCAUAUUUUGGUUUGGAAACAUAAGGAGAGUCUGUCCCCCAAGGACAUUGAUGGAAUGUGGAACAAGUAUGUAUACCAAAUCGGUCCUCACCGCAUGACUCUGGACGAGAUUGAGCACGGGGUUCUUCGUAGCAAUCGAGGUCACCCAGCAGCCAAGAAGCCUAGUUUUCCCGAGGGAGAUCCUCGGCUUUCGUUGGUUAUUUCCACAUUUGAUGGACGGAUCCAUUUCGCCUUAAACUGUGGAGCCCGCUCUUGUCCGCCCAUCCGGAUCUACAAAGCCGAAAAACUCGACACCCAAUUGGAAAUGGCUGCCAAGUCGUUUUGUUCCCAAGAGAUUCGAUUUGCGGCCGAGAGUAAUACGGUGUUCCUCUCGAAACUGUUCCUGUGGUAUCGCAAUGAUUUUGGAUCCACAGACCAUGAGGCUGUGAAAUGUCUCGCCCAAUAUGUAACCAAUGCCACCCUACAAUGUCAAUUACGCGCUAUUGGCGGUGAGACCAAAAUCGUGUUCAACGAUUACGAUUGGGAUGCCAAUAGCUCGACUUCUCAGUAAGGGAAACCAAUUGGUAAACCAAUGGUACGCGCUCGUUUGGUCACCUUUUGGCGCAUUUUUUCCGUCGGCAGUGUAGCCCACACAGCCGAAUUUUCCUGCACUCCUCGCUAUUCCAUGGUUGGAAUCUUUCCUCCGUCUUGUCAUGACGCAAACACAUCCAUUCUUUUUGGGGAUUUGAGCGUCAAUACAGUAUAGUAGUAUGUAGACUUAUAAACUCCCAUGUCAAGUAGUUCAUUUUUGACGAUUUAACCAAUAAAAUGACAUUGAUAUUGUACCAAA